AUGGCUCCCCCAACCCCAGAGUCAUCCCUGGUCCCUGGCUUGGGCAAUUUGAUUCUUCUGCCAGCCGAGAUCAGGUCCAAGAUAUACGACGAAUGCCUGCAGCAACGACACUUUGGCCUGCUCUACAGUUCCAAAGAGAUAUACAGCGAGUUCAUUCCACUUUUACGAGAAAAAUUCGUCCUCACUUUCCACAUCGAUCCUAGCGAAUCGGAGAUGUCGUCUUCCAGGUGCACCACCGACUCCAGGGUUCACAUUGUGAACAAGUACAAUCAGUCUUGGGGUCACGCACGCAACGAAAUCAACACUGCAUCUCCACAUAGGGACGAGAUUCUUGACGACAUGCCGAUCGACGAAUUCGGAAAGAUACGGAUCCUCAUCGACGCACCAAAUCCCAGAGAUCCCGGCCAAAUUGUGAGAGUUUGGUACCAGUGCACCCGGUUGAUGUCAGCAUUACUACCUCAGUGGAAGUAUGUCAUAGAGGUACCAGAAACCCAAGCGGACCUGAUCAUCCCUCGGGGGAGAAAAUCAAGCGAAUUGCCACCGAUUGAGAUUGUGCUUACGAGGUCUGGAGCGAAAACCUGGAGUUCAGGCGGUAACUUAAAUCACAGCGUCCCCUGCUACGAUGGUUGGAACCCUGUCACCCAAUCUGUAUGGAUUCUUCCAGAAGGACAACAUUCUGAUCUAGAGGUGGUGCUGAUGCCUUUUUGUCGGAUUCGCAACGCGGCGUCCGUGACUGUUCAACUGCCACCCGAUUGCCCGAACAACAGAUAUGUCAACGCCAUCCGAGCCUUCUUGUCCGAUGAAACAAAAGGCUCCGACCCCUUUGGAACGCUUGUUCAUAACGGCGGCCAGUGUGCGUUCGGUUCCCCGUGUUUCCUUUGGGGCUCAUGGGACUCUCAGGGCGAAGGUUUGGAUGGAUUCGAAGAUGACGAGACCGUUCUUGGCAGGGAACACGCAAUGAGCGCCUGGCUCGAUUAUCUCUUGGAUGAUAUGGAUGGCGACACAGCUCGCCUUCUGAGACGAGAGAGGUUUGAGAAUUGGUGUUCGGAGCAUGAAUAUCAGCACGGAAUGAUAUUGGCGGGCGCGUCCGUCAAUGACCGCGACUUCGGGAGUCCAUAUGGGUUCAUCAACCCAGCUCUGCUGGAUCGCCUCUGCACGAGCUUCUACGACCGAUACGUGGGCGGCAUGAACCUCAAGCAACACGAGGUAUGGCGUCUGCUUCGUGAAGAUGCAUUUGCGUGGAAGGAUUCUUUCCUAGAUGGUGUGGAGCGGAAGAGUUCCCUGGGCGAUUUUUGGCCUGAUAGCCAACCUUUGGACUUCUGGUGGAGUGAAACCCUUCCUCGACACCGUAGCGGGUUGACAAUGUGCCUGAUGUCUGGCGAGCUUCGCGACUCGAGAUGUGAGGUUUGCCGGGACGACAAGGAUUCUUGGGCUGUGGAUGAACGAUAUGAUUGUGACGUUUGCAAGGAACAGGGUCAUUGCUCAGUCGAACAUGGUUGCAAGUACCCAUCCUGCCUCGAGUGCGAGGAAGAGAACGAGUGCUACAUUGGUGCAGACGAGAUUCGAAAGACCAUUCAUUCCGAACGCUGGGAUUGGGAUCUAUAUUCAGAGGUGGUCGACCACUUCGCUGGGCUUCGAGUGGGACCCGAUUUCCGUUGAACCGUGUCUGACGCACAGAAGGAGGGAAGUGGUCAAUGGUUUGGGAUAGUUUUUGAGCGAGGCAAUGCAUGCGUGUUGACGAGCAAGUGUCUUUGUCUUUGAAUACUCCGUACAUCCACAGUUAAGCUAUGUCGUUACGA